CAAGAUGGAGUAGAAAGUAAUGAGAGGAAUUGGAUGAAGUCAUUGAUGACUAAAGAACUACAGUGCUGGUGAGAUGUGUAAGAAAUUAUAAAGAGCUCUGAUGGGCUCUUUGGGUGAUACACAGUGCAGUGAACUGCAGGUUCAUCUCGGCACCAGACAUAAGGUGGUUCAACAUAAUACGCUGGCCCUAAACAGCUCCAGAUGCCAAGAAUUGGCAAAUCACUACUUUGGUUUCAAUGGGUGGUCAAAAAGGAUCAUCAAGCUUCAGGAUCUUUCUAACCUUGAAGAAGGGGAAAAUGAAGAUAUUGUGACACCACUUCAGAAGCAAAGCCUGAAGUUCUUCUGUGCUUUAGAGGUGGUGUUGCCCUCCCACGAGUGCAGGAGUCCCAGAGUUGUCAUGGCUGAGGAAGCUUUGGAUAAGUUGGAGGAAGGGUCAUUAUCAUUCCCUAUGGAAAGGAAGGUAACCCAGAAGCUUGCUAUUCAGAAGGCUAUGAGAGAUGCAUUCCAGAAACUGCUGAUUGUGGCUUUAGAAAGUGGUAAAAUAGCUGUGGCCCAUAGACCCUGUGAAGAGGUCACAGAUGCUAGAACCGAAGAGGAACUACAGGAUUUAAUUCAAUUUGGAGAGCAGGAUUGA